GGUCUCAAAGGCUAUGCGAUUUUAAAAAAUUAAUGCAUUUCAUGGAUCUAGUCUAUACAUAUUCAUCUGAUUCAAGUUAAUCAACAAUUUAAUGCAACACAAAUUCAACUGGAUACACUUUCUGUUCCGUUUGGAUAGAAAAAGACGCAUGAAAACGAAGCAGUUGUAGCACUUUGCCAACAUUAGGGGGAGCCUGCUGUCGGUCUCAGAGCCUGCCGAGCAGCCAAAUCUCUCCGAGAGGAGCCGUUUGAAUAGGUGACAAUGCUGACGUCAUGGACGUUCACUCCACUCACGGAGAAACAAAGUAUCCGCAAGAGUGAAGGGGUGAGAAUGGAGCCCGUGAAUCCACAGGAAUAAUAAGCGUCUCAAACUGCUUUAAAACUUGAACAACUCUAUAAACAAACAUGGAUACAUUUAGACUUCGCUUCAUACUACUCUACUCUUCAAUUCUAAGCAUCGGGGCUCAAUUCACGACAGGUGGCUGUACGUUUGACGAUGGCCCAGCCCAGUGUGACUACCAGCAGGAUCCCUACGAUGACUUUGACUGGACCCAUGUCAGCGCACAGGAAGUGCCAUACUUAUCGUCUGAACUACCUCAAGGUUCCUACAUGAUGGUGGACUCCUCCCAGCACGACGCCGGAGAGAAGGCCCGCAUUCAGCUGCCAGUAAUGAAGGAAAACGACACCCACUGUAUUGACUUCAACUACUUAUUGUACACCCAAGAUGGCUCCAGCCCCGGGACGCUGAACAUCCUGGUGAAGGUCAACAAAGGUCCCAUGGCUAAUCCCAUCUGGAAUGUGACCAGCUACACCGGGAAGGAAUGGCUCCGCGCUGAGCUGGCCGUCAGUACCUUCUGGCCCAAUGAGUAUCAGGUCAUAUUUGAGGCGGAGGUCUCUGACGGGAAGACAGGCUUCAUUGCGAUUGAUGACAUCCAGGUUCUGAGCUAUCCAUGUGAUAAAUCGCCUCACUUCCUGCGCCUGGGAGAUGUGGAGGUCAACGCGGGGCAGAACGCUACCUUCCAGUGCAUCGCUACUGGCCGGGAUGCCAACAACAACAAACUGUGGCUGCAGAGGCGAAAUGGGGAGGACAUUCCCGUGGCGUCGACUAAGAACAUCAACCACAGGCGGUUCGCUGCCUCGUUCAGACUGAAGGAAGUGACUAAUCUGGACCAAGACCUUUAUCGAUGUGUCACCCAAUCAGAGAGAGGAUCUGGUGUGUCCAAUUUUGCCGGGCUCAUCGUCAGAGAACCCCCGCGGCCUAUCGCACCCCCUCAGCUGCUGGGUGUUGGUCCCACCUACCUUCUGAUCCAGCUCAAUGCCAACUCUAUAUUCGGGGACGGCCCUAUCAUUCUGAAGGAGGUGGAGUAUCGUAUGACUUCAGGGAGCUGGAUAGAGACCCAUGCUGUCAACUCCCCUAACUACAAGCUGUGGCACCUGGACCCAGACACAGAGUACGAGAUCCGUGUCCUGCUCACCAGACCAGGGGAGGGUGGCACCGGCCAGUCUGGACCACCUCUCAUCACCAGGACCAAGUGUGCCGAGCCGAUGCGGACCCCGAAGAAGCUGAAGAUUGCCGAGACCCAGGCCAGGUUCAUCGCUGUGGACUGGGAGUCUCUGGGCUACAACAUCACCCGCUGCCACACCUUCAACGUCACCAUCUGCUACCAUUACUACAACGCCAACAAUCAGACCAAGGCCGACUGUCUGGACAUGGACCCCAAGGCCCCACGCCACGUGGUGGGCAACCUGCCCCCCAACACCAACGUCAGCCUCAAGAUGAUCCUCACCAACCCCGAGGGACGCAAGGAGAGCGACGAGACCAUCAUCCAGACAGAUGAAGAUGUGCCUGGCCCCGUUCCCAGCCAGUCCAUGAAAGCCACACCGUUUGAGGAUCGGAUCUUCCUCUACUGGAAGGAACCACUGGAGCCCAAUGGGAUCAUCACCCAGUAUGAGAUCAGCUACAAUGGUAUUCGGUCCUUUGACCCCUCGGUGCCGUUACUGCGGCCUCCUCUGAUCGUGUCUCUGCCCUGGAACACUUCUCACCACGUCUUCAACCAGCUGCACCCUGGCACCACCUACCAGUUCAUCAUACGAGCCAGCACCGUCAAGGGCUUCGGGCCCCCAACCACACUCAACAUCACCACCAACAUCUCUGCCCCAACUCUGGAGGAGUAUGAUGGAUCCGAGGCGUUUCUGAAUGAGACGGCCACCACCAUCACGGUCCUACUGAAGCCAGCUCAGGCCAAAGGUGCCCCUAUCAGUGCUUAUCAGAUCGUAGUGGAGGAGCUGAAUCCUCAUCGCACACGCAGGGAGGCCAGCUCCGUGGACUGCUACCAGGUCCCAGUCUCCUUCCACGCCUCCAGUGGCGGUUCACCGUAUUACUUUGCGGCAGAACUCCCGCCUGGGAACCUUCCGGAGCCUUCUCCGUUCACGGUGGGCGACAACAAGACAUACCACGGCUUCUGGAACCCUCCGCUCGCUCCCAGGAAGAACUAUAACAUCUACUUCCAGGCCGUCAGCAGCGUGGAGAAGGAAACAAAAACACAAUGUCUGAGACUUGCAACGAAAGGAGCUACAGAGGAACCAGAGGUGAUCCCGGACCCGGCUAAGCAGACAGACAGGGUGGUGAAGAUCGCUGGCAUCAGUGCUGGGGUGCUGGUGUUCAUCCUGCUGGUGCUGGUAGCCAUCCUUCUGGUCAAGAAGAGUCAUGGAGGCUUUACUACGAAGAAUUGGUCAGUCAGGAGGAGCUACUAUUCUUACUCAUAUUACCUGAAACUGGCCAAGAAGCGCAAAGACGCCAUCGGGAACACUCGGCAGGAGAUGACCCACAUGGUGAACGCCAUGGACCGCAGUUAUGCUGAUCAGAGCACGCUCCAUGCUGAGGAUCCCAUGGCCGUCACCUUUAUGGACUCCCACAACUUCAGCAACAGAUUGCCUAAUGAUCCACUUGUGCCAACGGCAGUGUUAGUGCCAAUUACCGAUGAGAACCACACUGCGGCUGCUGCUGCAGAGUCCAGCCGGCUGCUGGACGUGCCUCGGUACCACUGUGAGGGGACAGAGUCGCCCUACCAGACCGGUCAGCUGCACCCAGCCAUCAGGGUGGCUGACCUGCUCCAACACAUAAACCUGAUGAAGACCUCCGACAGCUACGGCUUCAAGGAGGAAUAUGAGAGUUUUUUUGAAGGCCAGUCCGCUUCCUGGGACGUGGCAAAGAAAGACACUAACAGAACCAAGAACCGCUAUGGAAACAUCAUUGCAUACGAUCAUUCUAGAGUGAUCCUGCAACCAAUGGAAGACGACCCUUCCUCUGACUACAUCAACGCCAACUACAUUGACGUAAGUGGCGCAGCCUCCUCCAUUGGCGACCGUGUGCGACACGACCGUCCUUCUCUCAUAUGGCUGUACAGGGAUGGUUACCAGAGGCCGAGUCACUACAUUGCAACCCAAGGGCCUGUCCAUGAGACAGUCUAUGAUUUCUGGAGGAUGGUCUGGCAAGAGCAGUCUGCCUGUAUCGUCAUGGUCACCAACCUAGUGGAAGUUGGACGGGUUAAGUGUUACAAGUACUGGCCCGAUGAUGCUGAGGUCUAUGGUGAUUUCAAAGUGACAUUUGUGGAGGUGGAGCCCCUUGCUGAAUAUGUGGUCAGAACGUUCACCUUGGAGAGGAGAGGCUUUAACGAGCUGCGGGAGGUGAAGCAGUUUCAUUUCACCGGCUGGCCUGACCACGGAGUGCCCUACCACGCUACAGGCCUCCUCUCCUUCAUCCGCCGGGUCAAAAUGUCAAACCCCCCCAGCGCUGGGCCCAUCGUGGUGCACUGCAGCGCCGGAGCCGGACGCACAGGCUGCUACAUCGUCAUCGACAUCAUGCUGGACAUGGCGGAGAGGGAGGGCGUGGUGGACAUCUACAACUGCGUGAAGGCCCUGCGCUCCAGACGCAUCAACAUGGUACAGACUGAGGAGCAGUACAUCUUUAUCCAUGACGCCAUCCUAGAGGCCUGUCUGUGUGGCGAGACGGCCAUCCCCGCCUGCGAGUACAAAGCAGCUCACUAUGACAUGAUCAGGAUAGACUCACAGAGCAACUCCUCACACCUCAAAGACGAAUUCCAGACCCUGAACUCGGUGACCCCUCAGCCACAGCCAGAGGACUGCAGCAUCGCCCUGCUGCCCAGGAACCACGAGAAGAACCGCUUCAUGGACAUGCUGCCUCCAGACCGCUGUCUGCCCUUCCUGAUCACCAUCGACGGGGAGAGCAGCAACUACAUCAACGCUGCCCUCAUGGAUCCAUCAGAAGAAUACCAGAGCUACAGACAGCCAGCAGCCUUCAUCGUGACCCAGCACCCUCUGCCCAACACGGUCAAAGACUUCUGGAGGCUGGUGUACGACUACGGCUGCACGUCCCUGGUCAUGCUCAAUGAGGUUGACCUAGCGCAGGGCUGUCCUCAGUACUGGCCUGAAGAGGGGAUGCUUCGCUACGGUCCUGUCCAAGUUGAAUGUAUGUCCUGCUCCAUGGAUUGUGACGUCAUCAGCCGUCUCUUCAGAAUAUGUAACCUCACCAGACCUCAAGAGGGCUACCUGAUGGUGAGGCAGUUCCAGUACCUGGGCUGGGCCGCCCACAGAGAAGUGCCAGCGUCCAAGCGCUCCUUCCUUAAGCUCAUACUGCAGGUGGACAAGUGGCAGGAGGAGUGUGAGGAGGGAGAGGGCCGCACCAUCAUCCACUGCCUGAACGGAGGCGGCCGCAGCGGCAUGUUCUGUGCUAUCAGCAUCGUGUGUGAGAUGAUCAAGAGGCAGAAUGUGGUGGACGUGUUCCACGCCGUCAAGAGCCUGAGGAACAGCAAGCCCAACAUGGUGGACAGCCCGGAGCAGUAUCGUUUCUGCUACGACCUGGCUCUGGAGUUCAUCGAGACAUCUUAGCCAAGAAGACGGGACGAAACAGAACAUCCGGAACUUGGUAACCAUUCCAACGCUACAGAUCCUUUGGAGGUGGGCAUCGUUGACUAAGCCUAUACAGACUGCUGUUGAUGGUUUUUUUGAUUUAUUUUUUUGUUGUCGUUGUUGAAAACUCUUUAAUGUUUCUAAUUGUACUGGGAGUAUGAUGUGAGUGGUUUGUAAAUGUCUCCAUUGUACUUCGCCGUGUUCAGUGCCAGAGAGACACGUGUCGGCCACUAGGCCACAUUUGCUACAAUGUCUUUUGCAGAUUUAGUUAUUUUUUACGUGCAGCCAUUGUAAAAAAAAAAAAGAAACAAAAAGGGUAACACUAAUGCCAUGGUGUUGCAUGCAAAAAACGUUCUUUUUAUUUUCAUUUUUUUAAUAUUAGCAGCAUUAUUGUCAACGAACAAUAGAUAUCUAUAUAUAGAAGUCGAUCACAAAUGUGAAAGGAGAAAAUACAGCGCUCUAUAAGUGCUGACGCGUGACAUUGGCUUGGUAAUGUUUGUAUCGUGGACUGAUGGCUGACUCAUCUUGUUUUUAUUUUGUAGCAAAUCUUAAAUCAUAAGCCAAAGACUUAUGUAAAUAUGUCUAUAUGGAUAAAGCACAUUGUUUGUAUCGAUCGUUUACUUUACAUUCCUUUUUGAAGGCUCAAAACAAUCAUCUUCAUUCCAUGUUUACCUAUGCCUUUAAACUGUAAACAUUUAAUGUCGUUUUUUUUUUAAGUAUUAAGGUAAAUUUCAGUAGUAGUAUCUUAUUUUCAAUGUUUUCUUAUCUUCUGUGUGAUGUUACAGUGGGUUAAUUUGUGUAAAACAUGCUUGUGAAUUCUACCCAUGCAGAUAGAAUAUCAGAAGGGCAAGUGACAACCUACGAAAGAGCUCUAUUUUUUUCCUGAUCUCCUAACCUGUAUUGGUAUUUUGGAAAAACAAAAGAGAAAUAAAAUGAAUUAUAAAUCAGUAUUAUAUACAGCUUGCUAAGAUGUAAGCCAACACAGCAGAGGCAUGUGUUGGGGCAGCCAUACUGAUUUGGGACAUGAGUGGACCUCCUGGAGAAAAGGAAACAAGUCAUUAUCGUGUGGAGUUUAGUCAUGUUUCAUAUAUUAUUAUUAUUAUUUUUGUCUGUAACUGUUGGCUUAUUGGCUGUAAUAAAACAUUUAAAUAUUUGAAUAAAA